CCCCAAACUACCAGUAAUAUAUAAACGAAAGUUGAAUUGUACAGACAUCAGUGAGUGCAACGUUAAAGCAGAGAAAGUGUGAAACCUAAUCCCACACGUUGUGGAUUUAGUGGUGGAAUCAUCAAGCCUGAUAUAAAAGAGAUACGCGUUUUGAGUGGAUCCAAUUUUUCAUUCUGGUGUGUCAAAAAGUGUUUUGAAUAAGGAUUAAAAAUAAAGAUGAAGAUUGGGGUGUUUAUUUUAGCGCUUUUCGCGCUUUCUUCGUGCGAAGAUAAACAACAAUCGUGGUCGUGGGAUAAUAAGGAAGGGGAGAAACAAUCGUUGUUGUUAACUGGUGAAGAUUUAUUAGCUGAGCCUUCGGAGAACAUCGAAGAAUCAAAUUACAACGUUACUAAUGUCGAUGAAGUCGUCGAUGCGAUUUUAAGCUCUUCACGGGAAGGAAGAAACUUGAAAGAAUUCGAUGAAGUUUACAGCGAUCCUAGUUUACAAGAGGCUAUUCAAAGUGGUGAUGAUAGCGAAGCAAGAAAUGUAAUUCGAGAUAAAUUGUGUAGUUUGGGGUUGAUGCAGUGUGAUGGUAAGCGUCCUUAUAUUGCUCCUGAAGAUUUGGUUUAUGCUCAACCCGUUGCGAUUAAUCCGGUUGGGCGUCCAAUUCCAACGAUUCCUCUUAAAUCGCCAGGGAGAGGGCAAGGAUAUGGACCACCGAAACCAGUUCCUUUCCCACCUAAACUUGGUCCAUACCCAAAUAGACCAAUUCAUGGACCACCGUUUAAUGGACCAUCAAUUCAUGGCCCACCUUUUAAUGGACCACCAAUUCAUGGUCCACCUCGUAAAGGAUAUGGUCCACAAUUAUCGCCACCCCCAAAACCAUACUUUGAUAAAACUUUUAUUUCUUCCGGAUCAUCUUCGUUUGAUUCUUCAGAAAUCUUGUAUUCUAAACCACCAAUUAGUGGUGAAUUCCCAUACGAAAUUGAGCAUGGAUCGUUCCAUAAAGAGAAAAAGCCCGUUGAAGUUAUCGUAAAUGCUCAAGGAGGUUCUGCUACAGGUGCAGGAGUGCAACAACACGUUCACCAUCAUUUCCAUCACGCCGAAAAUGGAGUUGGAGGAAAAGUUCCUAUUGCAACAAUUCCUUUAGUCAGUGAGAGCGUUGGGGCUGCUUUAAUCGAAAAAGACAACAACUUUAAACCAAGUACUUUGUUAUCUUCAAGCGCUGGGUUUGAAAGCUCAAGUUUUGGAGGAAGUAAUUCGUUUUCAUCUUCGCAUUUAGGAGGAAACGUAGCUAAUUUAGCUGGGGCUGGCACUUUUGCUUCUUUAAAUCCAUCAGGACAUCUUUUUAACGGUGCCAAUAAUUAUGGCUCAAACUCUUUAAACCCAUCAUCUGGAAGUCUCUUUAACGGAGGAAACAGUUAUGGAGGUCAAUCAAUCGCAAAUUAUGGCUCAGGGGGUUUGGGAUCAUUCACAACAAAACCAUCAGGAAUUCACAGUUUAAGUCCACAAACAUUUGGGGGUUCAUCUUUAUACACAAAUUCCAUCGGUUCAACCGUGGGUCAAUAUGGAAGCUCCAACUCCCAAUUUUACAAAAAAGAGCUUAACACAAACACCUUCCAAUCGAACAGCAUCUCCAACGACGAUAAAUACCAAGGAUUCGAAUCUGCUCGUGCCGAAAACUUCGAUUGCGUGUGCGUCCCAUUCGAUCAAUGCCCAUCGCACGAAAUCAUAGGAAGAAAAGACGACCUCCUCCUCGCUUUAGAUCCGCGAAGUCUUAAAAGCGAUAUUAAAGCCGAACCCGUUGAAACGGAAGAAAGAGUUUUAACCGAUGCAAACGGAAACAUGACGGUUAUUCGAGUACCUAAAGGGACGCCAGCUCUAAAUAGUACGAAUGGAGGCAAAGAAACAAGGACGAAGAGGGAAGUUGAAAAGAAGAGUGAUGAAGGUGCUAAAACGGCGGAAGGAAGGCAAAGUUAUUUCGGAAACGGAUUUGGUCGCCCACAAACUUGCGGGCCAAGACACGUUUGUUGCCGAAGACCUCUUCGCCCAAACAUCCCAACUCCAACCCAACGCCAAUGCGGAACCAGAAACGGACAAGGAAUCACAGGAAGAAUUAAAAAUCCUAUUUACGUCGAUGGAGAUAGCGAAUUCGGCGAAUAUCCUUGGCAAGUUGCCAUUUUAAAGAAAGACCCCAAAGAAAGCGUUUUCGUUUGCGGUGGAACCCUCAUCGAUCAUUUACACAUCAUAACAGCAGCUCAUUGCAUUAAACAAUAUUCCGCAUAUGAUCUUAGAAUACGUCUUGGUGAAUGGGAUGUAAAUCACGACGUUGAAUUCUUCCCUUAUAUCGAAAGAGAUGUUCAAAAUGUCGUUGUUCAUCCCGAAUUUUAUGCUGGAACUCUUUACAAUGAUCUCGCAAUUCUUCGAAUGGACAAAUUCGUCGAUUUCGCAAAGCACCCUCAUAUUAGCCCCGCUUGUCUCCCAUCUCCAUACGAAGACUUUACCGGAACGAGAUGUUGGACUACCGGAUGGGGAAAAGACGCUUUUGGUGAUUUCGGAAAGUACCAAAAUAUCUUAAAAGAAGUCGACGUACCAAUUGUUGGACACGAUCAAUGUCAAAGACAACUACAAAAUACUCGAUUAGGUUACGGAUUCAAACUCCACCCUGGAUUUGUUUGCGCUGGUGGGGAAGAAGGUAAAGACGCAUGUAAAGGUGACGGAGGUGGUCCGAUGGUGUGCGAAAGAAACGGAUCUUGGAAGGUUGUUGGUGUUGUUAGUUGGGGAAUUGGAUGUGGACAAGUCGGUGUACCAGGAGUUUAUGUUAAAGUUGCUCAUUAUCUAGAUUGGAUAAAACACGUUACACAACAGUUUUAAAUCAUUCUUGUUUCUCUUAGUUUGUAGCUUUAAUAUUUUUGUACAUUAUUUAUAAAUUUAAUU